AUGAUUAUUAACUGUAUUCCGGAAGAAGCUCUGCUGGAAAUUCUGUCUAUGGUCCCUGCCUAUGAUCUCACUGUGCUCUGUUGCCGGGUAUGCACUUUAUGGAGGGAUAUCAUUGAGUCACCGGCCUUGUGGAAGAGGAAGUCUCAACGGGAUGGAUUUGUCUCCAAGCACUGCCACAGAAUCCCACCUGAUUGGAAGCUGUUCUACCUACUUCAUAAGAAAAAGAGGAAUUUACUUAAAAAACAUCCAUGGUCAAGAAGGCUUCAAUUACUGGGAAAUAUCGACAAUGAGUAUGCAUAUGUGGAAAAUUGAGAUUCUCCCAAGAGACUAUGGACAGCCUUUUCCAGAUGAUAAAGUUAAAGAGUGCUUUUUUGUCCCUAAUGGAGGAAAACGGCAGGUGAUUGACCUGGAGAAGGAGGGAUAUCCUGAGCAAUGGAUGGAUGUCAUGCAACCGGAUAUAAUCGUCAGGGACUGGUAUUCCACCAAACCCAACUUUACAUCUACGUAUUUUGCACAUGUGGUGCUGCUUUCCAAGAAGAAAGAAGCUAUCCAAGACUUUCUUCCAGGUCUGCAGAGUGACCUCAAGUGGACUCAGAUUGAAUACAGAUUUAGACACUAUGGCCCAGGAGUCCGAUACAUCCACUUUGAACAUGGGGCAGGAGAUAUGGGGAGACCUAAAGGAGCUCGAGUGACCAACAGCAGCAUCACUAUUGAGCCGGAAGACCUCAGCACGUAG